AGCCAUCUUGGUUCGGGAUCGGGACACAUGGCUUUUCCAUAGCGGUGCUAGGGCAGCGGCGCGCUCAACAGAGGGCGGAGCUGCCCCGCGCCCGAGGGCGCUCGCGGGGCGGAUGGCGCCCGCGCUGCUCCUGGCGCGCGCUGCCUGGUGCCUGGCGCUCGGCGGCGGCGCCGCGGCGCACAGCCCCCGCCAUGUGGCGCGGCGGCUCGUGGCCGCCGAGCAGCGACCGCCGCCGGAGCUCGCGGCGGAGCCCGGCGACGAGGAGUUGGGCCUGCUGGGCAGCUGCCUUCUGCAGGCGCCCGCGCUCGCCGCGCAGCGGGCGCCUGCUGCUCCCCCGGGCGCGGCGCCCCGGGGCGCGCCCGCCGAGGAGGCGGCGCCGGGCGCGCCCGACCUCGGUGCCGCAGAGGCGGGCUCGGCGGCGCGCGGCGGUCCGCGGCCCAGCGGGGCGGCAGGAGCUCGUGCGCCGCGCAAGGUGGUGUCCAGCCGCCCGCUGCCUGAGCCAGUGCUCUGGCGGCAGCUCGACCUGCCGGACGCCCACGAGCCAUUCGUCGUCGUGGCGUCGAACGAGACGGCGGUGACCGUGCAGAUCGCGGAGCCCGCGGCGAUCGCGACCGUGUACGCGAUGAUGUUUGUUCCGCUAGCGGUGGUCUGGGUGGCAGCGUUGAGUUACGGAGUUCAGGACAGGUUUCACGGUGUUCUUUGCGCGCUCACGUAUUUCACGAUGCUCAUUGGCACGGAUUUGGUAAAUCAGUCCCUGUCUGUGCUCAUGGGCGCGCCCAUGUCCAUCACGGCCAUUCAAGCUCUGUCCAUGUCUGUGUUCGCUGGCAUAUGGUCGAUUGUUAGUCAGCUGCGCCGCCCUUGCGUCGCGCACGACAUUAUUGGAGCGCUGUGGAGGUGGACCCCUGUAGCAGUUCUGUUUUGCAUGUACUCGCUUGCCAACCACUUAGUGUCCAUGUAUUGUUCCCUGUCCGAGCGAACGGUAUUCAGCAGCGUGAUUCCAGUGGCCGUUUUCAUUUCGGAAUUAACCUUCCUGCCCACAGACAUCAAAACUCACGCCACGUUCAACUCCAAGGUGGCUAUGCUUGGCAUGGUUCUGGGCGCCAUGCUGUUCGGCCUGCAGUAUCCUGCCUUCACCGCUGCGGGACUGGCAUCGGCGUGGGGCAUGGUUGCAACGAAGGUGCCAUUGAGGCUCUUCCAGCGCUGGCACCUGGCAGAGUGCAUGCAAGCCCCCUUGGCACUGCUGGCGUGUUAUGAUGGCGUAGUUCUCUUCGCUGCGUCUUCGAUGUCUUCUGUCAUUAUCGAAACGAGCGGCCUGGAUACUUUCUUGGCCACCUGGAGAGCGUGGGUCUCAGACCCUUCCAUCGCCAUAAUGCUGGCCCUAUCUCUGUUCUCGUUCACUGGCUGCCACGUGGCUGGCUUGGGCUUGCUCCGGUUGACAUCUGCCACGUCCGUCAUCAUCUUUGCGAACGUUGCGAAUGUUCUGGUAGUGGUCAUGGGCGUUUGCUUCUUCGGCGAUAAUUUGCAGUCGCCCCUUACCUGCCUGGGCAUGGCUACGACUCUGUCGUGUGGACUGUGGUACGCCCUGGACCUGUGCCAGUUCGCGCCAGCUCUUGACCUGGGCUCUUCAGGUGCUUCGGGAGCAAGAUGGGCGGCGAAGCUUGCCGAGGAAGGUGCGACCUCCGACCUGCUCGAGGCAGAAGUUUGGGAGCUCGACAGGCGGAUGGAUCGCCUCUUCCUGGAUGGUGAGGGCUACAUCCUGGCGUCGCCCCCGGACUCCUCCGCCGCGCUUUCCGCCCUCGCCCUGCCCCGCGCUUUCGCAGCUCUCUCCGCGCGCGGGCUGGACGGCUUCGCGUGCGCUAGCAGUCUCGCCGUACUCGUCACGACGCUCAUCGACAACGGUGGGCGGGGCAAGGGGUGGCAGGCCUUCUGCGGCUGGCUGGCCAGGCACCAGUCGAUCACAUUGACAGCCGUCUUCGGCUCCGCGGCCCUCCUAGCGAAGCGACUCGCGGCCAUCGCCGUCGCUGUCAGUGCCACCUACGGGGAAGCGGAGUGGGAGGCCUUCGCCAAGCACCACGGGUCAUUGCUGCCGGCACGGACCAAACCCAGUGCGUGGGACGACAACCAGCUGCGCCGCUUCCCGGCUCUGACCGCGUGCGCCUCGCCCCUGCGGCGGCGAGGCUCUGACCCCAUGGCCAGCGCCCCUCUCUGCGACAAGCUGCUGGACCGCACCGCGAGCAGCCCCUUCAGCACCUCGAGCAGCACGGCCACGACCUGCGCUAUGAGCUCCGACAAGUGCUCAGAGGCGUCGGACAGCCCGGAGGACUUCCCGAGGUUGCCGAGCAAGCCGAGCAGGGAGCAGGCCCAGGCGCCUUCCGGCGCGGCGGCGUGGGCGUCCAUGGCAGCGAGCGUUGCGGCCUGGCGCGCCGCUGCGCACGCACCAGACGAGAAAGAGGUGCAGUCACGUCGCUGA